AUUGAUUUUGAUUAAUUGCUAGAGAUUGCAUUUGGAAAUUUGAAAUGUAAUAUUUAUGUUAUGGAGGGGCAAUUAAGUGAAUUUCUAAGGGGACACCAUUGCUCUCCCUUGGACCUCAGCUUAUAUAAUAGAGAUUUAUCCACUUUUUAGUUUAUUUAUCUUGCUAUUCAAUAUACUUAUAGAGUAUAAAUCUAUUCCUGGGGCCUCACCCAUCAGCUUAAGUUUUUGGUUGAGUUGGUCCUUCGACAUGGUAUCAAGAGCCAGCGUGACAAAAAGGUCACGGGUUCGAAUCUCAUCAACCCCUCCUUUCUCAGUGGAAUAGCGUGAGGGGGUGUGAUAGAGUAGAAAUCUAUUCAUGGGGCCUGAACCAUCAGCUUAAGCUAAAAAUAAACCGAUACAGUAAUAAUCAUUGAAGCCCUGCGCAGACUACCGUCUUCCACUUUGCACAGAUGCAGGGCCUCUCGAUCCUUGAGGCCUUGACAGUUGACAUUGUUGAUUCUUGACAAUGUGACCAGAAUCUCUGCCUUCAAAAACAAUGUGAUCAGAAUUUCUAAAACCAGAUAUUAUUUGUAUUUUAAUAACUAGUCUUCGACUCUUCCCCCCUCAAAAAAAAAAAAAAAAAAAAAAAAAAAAAAAAAAACUAGUCUUCCCGUCAUCAAUUGACUUCGUUUCGAUCAAGUUGUUACCCAAAUUUUAAUUUAAUCAAGUUGCUAUAUUACUAUGCUCUAUUUCUUACUUUAAAAUAACUUCCUCUUUUUCGGAUACUAGCAAAAUAAUUUAUGCAGUUUUUUUGCUUCUAGCAUCCAAUCUUCAAAACAUAAUGCAUAUACUUUUACCUACUCUCUACCUCAUUUUCAUCUUCAAUACCAACAAUCUUGUUCUUGCUGAUCCUCCUUACGAACAUUGUCCAGAUGCUAACGACAACAACAGUAUUGCAUCAAACAAUCCUUUUCAAACAAACGUUGGUAGCCUUCUACUUUCUCUAUCUUUAAAUGCUUCUGUCUCAAAAUUCUACAACAUGUCUGUUGGAAAUGGCAAUACUACAGCAUACGGGUUGUGCCUUUGCUACGAUUAUGUCACACUUGAAAACUGCGAGACGACAAUAACAAUGGCAACGCAAGCGUUUACUAGAUUGUGUCGGAACUCAACUGAUGCUACAAUAUGGGAAGAACAAAGUAUGCUUCGUGUUUCUAAUAAGAGAUUCUUUAGCCAAUUAGACAUGACUGGUAAUAUCAACAAGUAUAACACUUUAAAUGUAUCAGAAGCAGAGAAGUUCAGGUUAGUUGUGAACACCAGCUUAUAUGAACUUACUCUGAAUGCUGCAUUUAAUUCCUCCGCUCAUAUGUAUGCCACUCAGUCAGUGGCUUUCUCAGCUGCACAACAUAUAUAUAGUCUGGUACAGUGUACUAUGGACCUGUCGCCAAUCGAUUGUCAUCGAUGUCUACAAACAUCUAUAGUUGAAGUUCUUGGUUCAGAGAAUUAUAGAUAUAGAGGUGGAAGGCUUCUUAGUAAAAGCUGUUAUCUCAGGUAUGAGUUUUACCAGUUCUAUGAAGGAAAAUCAUCAAAAUUUUCUGAAAGCCAAGGGAAGCAAUGGGCAACUUGGAUUCUUCCAACAGGAUUGGCUUUUAUCGUUGCAAUAUUGUUUAUAGGAUCUUGUGUAAUCUACUUUGUUCUAAGGAGAAAAUAUUCAGAUUUUCGAACAAGGGACAAUCCCUUGUUCGACUUGGCUAGUAUUCAAGCUGCAACAAAUAACUUCUCGGAACAAAAUAAACUAGGACAAGGUGGAUUUGGUCCUGUCUUCAAGGGUGUCCUACAGAAUGGGACUGAAGUUGCAGUUAAACGGCUUUCAAACACAUCGGAUCAAGGCACAGAGGAAUUCACAAAUGAAGUGCUUUUGAUUAUGAAGCUUCAACAUAAAAAUCUUGUCAGGCUGUUGGGAUUCUGUGUAGAUAGAAUUGAAAGACUGCUUAUCUAUGAGCUCAUGGCUUGUGGUGACUUAGACUCUUGGCUCCAUGAUCCGCGAAAACGCGCACAAUUGACGUGGAGCAAACGACUUGACAUCAUGAAUGGGAUCGCUUGUGGAGUCCUGUAUCUGCACGAGGAUUCUCGACUAAGAAUCAUACACCGAGACUUAAAGCCUAGCAAUGUAUUGUUGGAUUCGGACAUGAAUCCUAAGAUUUCAGACUUUGGAAAUGCCAGAAUUUAUGGAAGUGAAACUGAAGCAAACACAUCGGUUGUAAUUGGUACAUAUGGAUAUAUGUCACCGGAAUAUGCAAUGGACGGAAUAUAUUCUGUAAAGUCUGAUGUUCUCAGCUUCGGAAUUAUGUUAUUGGAGAUAAUAACAGGAAGAAAGAGCAUUGGGUUCCAUCUAACAGGAAAAGGUCCAAGCCUCCAAGCUUAUGCAUGGAGAUUGUGGAACCAGGAUCGAUGGAAAGAAUUGAUGGAGCCUCAACUCAAAAGCAACGAAGUGCAUGGCGUCACCAAUGAGUUCUUAAGAUACUUACAUAUCGGAUUACUAUGUGUUCAAGAGGAUCCAUGUGAACGACCAACAAUGUCAUUGGUUUUUCACAUGUUAAAAAGUGAUGAUGUCAAUCUUAACCCUCCCAAACAACCUGCCUUUUUUGUUGGAAGGUUCACUGAUCACUAUGAAACAAGUCCUAGAAUAUCCACAUCAUCUAUAAGAUGUAUUGCAGAUCUUUACCGUCGAUAA